CUUAUUGAAUUAUUUGUUUAACUAGAGCUCACUGGUUUAACUUCGUAAAUUUUGCGUGAAAUAAUUUAAUCGGUGUCAUAUAAUGUAAAUCUGAAAAGAACUAUCAAUAAUUCAAAUUGAUUGCACAAAAACGGAAAUGUUUACUUAUCUAUGUUUGUGAUAUUAAGUAUUGAAACAUUUUGCAAAUGUCUAAAGACAGUGAAGAUGCCAAUUUAGGUGAUGAGGAAGAUGCAAACGAUCGUGAGACUGAAACUAAUGGCCAGAAGUCUGAAAAAAUGUUUAGUCUUAAGAAGUGGAAUGCCGUUGCUAUGUGGAGUUGGGAUGUUGAAUGCGAUACAUGUGCUAUAUGUCGGGUUCAAGUGAUGGAUGCUUGUUUAAGAUGCCAAGCAGAAAAUAAACAAGAUGAUUGUGUUGUUGUCUGGGGAGAAUGUAAUCAUUCUUUUCAUAAUUGCUGUAUGUCCUUAUGGGUCAAGCAAAAUAACAGAUGCCCUUUAUGUCAACAAGAUUGGUUGGUACAGAGAAUUGGAAAGUGAAAUUGUUUCUUAUGAAUAAAUGCUUAGGGUUGUGUAAACAUUAUGUGCUGUAAAUAAACAAUACUACUGAUAUCUAACUUUUAGUUUU